ACCAGGGAAGAAACAACUGGAACUUCUCUCUACCCUUGACAGGAACGUCUGGUUGGGAGAGAUGGUGAUGUUUCUGAAGGGCAUGGGCCCUCUUUUGCUGCUCUUCAUCCUCGGGUUCUGGCUGGUUUCAUCUUCUUUGACACAAGGAAAUGACAGGGAGAGACACUUCUUGACUCAGCACUAUGACUCCAAACCAAAGGGUCGGGAUGACAAGUACUGUGAAAAGAUCAUGAGAAGGAGAGGUUUGACCCAGCCCUGCAAGGAAUUGAAUACUUUCAUUCAUGGUGAUUACCGCAGAAUCAAGGCUGUCUGUGGAGAUGAAGCUGGGAAGCCCUACAAAGAGGGGAAGUUUAGGAUAAGCAGCUCACCAUUUCAGAUCACCAGCUGUAAACAUCAAGGAGGGUCUGCAAGAUCUCCCUGCAAGUAUAGGGCUACUCCUGGCUUUAAAUAUAUUGUCAUUGCAUGUGAACAUGGUUUGCCUGUACACCUUGAUCAUACUAUUAUUGCAAAUUAAUUUACAUAAGGGAGUUUGGCAACCUAAGACAUGGGUACCCCAAAUCUUAGAUUUAGAUUAAUACUAAUGCUGUAUUAUGUUCACAUACCUGUUGCUAGCUUCCCAACUCUUUUCUAGUUGACAGAUAGUUGUAUUUUUUAUAUGUUUUUAUAUUUUUUGCAUACCUCCAGCAUCCUGAAUUUGGGAUGUUGGUAAGUUUUUUUGGCAGGAUUGCCAACCCUUGUUGAUUUUUAUUACUGCAAGCAAUUGGAACUACAUAUUUGUUCCUUAAUGUUAUGUCCUUACAUUCAGGAAUGUUUAUAAUACUCAUUCGGAGUUUCUUAAAAGUUGAAUUGUUCAGUUCCUUCUAUUUUCAGCCUUUGGGCGUUUUGAACAAAUAAAACAACUCUGAAAUCAGUAAAA